AUGGUGGGUUCUUUAGAAUGUUUUUCUUUUUUUUUGUUUUGUUUUACUGUCAGCUGUCGAACUAAAACUUUUUCUAAAUGCAGUUUUAAAAAAACAUUUGCUCUUGAAACAAGUACAUUUGCUGUUAAUCUGCUGCUUAAAAUGGAGUUGGAAAAUAAAAACAUUAUAUAUCUCGGAGGUUUCGGCGGCAUUGGACAAAAAUGCAUUGUAGAGUUUUUGAAAAGAAAUAUUAAAAAUCUCAUAAUAUUCGAUUUAAAAGAAAAUUCGGAAGUAUUAAAACAAUUACGGAACACUUACAAAUCUAGCAAUAUACAAUAUAUACAAGUGGAUGUAACCAAAUCGGAAAGCAUUGAAAAUGCCUAUAAGCAGGCGAAUGAAAUUUUGGACAAUAUUGAUGUGGUGGUCAAUGGCUGUGGUCUAAUGAAUGAUCGGCAUUUAGACUUGACAAUAGAUAUUAAUUUGCGUGGCAUUAUACUAAGUUCCAUGAUUGCCUUAAAUUACAUGGACAAAUCGAAAGGUGGUCGUGGUGGUGCAAUUGUAAAUAUUUCCUCUAUAGCGGGCAUAGAAACUACUGGCAUGUUUGCCAUUUAUUCUGCCGCCAAGCAUGGUGUUACAGCCUUUACCAGAUCUAUGGCGAACCCCCUUUAUUUUCAUCAUACCCAAGUUAACUUUAUAACCAUUUGCCCGGGCAUUACUGAAACGGCCCUAUUAGACUCCGUGCAAGAAAAGACAACAUUACGUGAAUAUGCCGGGCCCAUGGUACAAAGAUUUGCCAACAUGAAACGACAAACCGCUGAAGCUUGUGCUCAAAAUCUUGUCAAAGCUGUAGAGAUCAAUAAACUCGGUUCAGUGUGGCUAUUGGAUUUGGGUGAAAUGUCAGAAAUUGAAAUGCCCAUUAUGUGGAAACCAACGAUAAAUAGUAAUUAAUAAUGUAAUUUAUACAUUUUUUAAGGACGUAUAUAAUGUAAAUCCAUUAAAUAAUUAAGUCUAUAGUUAGCUGUUAAAUAAAAAAACACCAUUAUACAA